UUUACCAUAAUAUAAUUAUAUAUAUAUAUAUCAUUUUAUUUAAUUAUAUAUUAUAAUUUAUAUAUUCAUAAUAAAACUCAAAUAAGACAUAUUCUCACAAAUUUAAAACCAAACUUAAUUAUAAUUUCUCUCGUCUCUCACCCUUGUUAUCGAUAAGGUGGUAUUUUUUUAUUACUUAAUAUAUUGAAACAAUUUUAAAUAUUACAGUCAUUGUCUGUUAGUUUUUUGCUUACACUAAUGUUAGAUUCUUUUGUUAUCAAAUUGUUAUGAAGCUAUUUAAAUUGUAAAUAUAAUUUUUUUUUAUAAUUAUAUAUAUCGAGUAUAUAAGUACUAUUGGGUAUUUUUUAUUUUCCAAAUAGAAUGAUGUGAAAAGCAAAGUAUUCUAAAAUAUUAUAGAUUUAGGGACAAGAAUAAGGAUGUGAGCAAAAGAAUGCAAUCCCUAAGUCUCACGUGCGCAUUGCGUGUGAUCUAUUUCAUUAAAAACUGUUACUAAUUUUCACAAGAAUCGGUUAUUAUUUCUCAAUAAAUAAAUGGAUCUUUAAAAAGGCAACCCAUAUAUCAUUCAUUCCAAUAAAUACACGAGCGUUUCCAAAGCAUCUGGCAUGGGCUGUUGAUGAUAUUGAAUUCCCAAUUCUGCUCUAGUCUAAAGAAAUCGUGUCCAAAUCUGCCAAUAAACCACGCAUGAGUUUGAUGGGAUUCAGGCCAAUUGCUCUUGGUUGAGUCUUGAAAAGGAAGGAAUCCACGAUCUUCUUCGUCUUCUUAUUGGUCAACCAGACCGUGCACCUGGCCGAAUAGACAUUUUCCACCCUUAGCUUUUCUUGGUCGUCAUCUCCACGGCUCAUUGUAAUCCCCGCUACCCCAUUGACCAAAAACCAAGAUUAAGAAAAUAUCUCAAAGCUGCCGCCCUGAUUCUUCUCCACCUGUACACCAAUUCUAAGGCCCAGAUUGUUCGGAUUCUUUCAUGUUGUCCAAUGGGAGAUGUACCUAAAACCUCAAAAGUGUCAAAGUUUGGCACUUUGCUUUCGCCUAAGAUUGCGCCUAAUGAACUUAAAAGUGCCUCCUCCGAUAAACUAAAUACUACAGAAGCCUUGUGUUUUGAGUCUUCCAGCCAUUGAAUAAUUCCAGUGGAAAGGGAUGCAGCUUCCUCAUCAAAGCUCUUCUUCUUCUUCUAGACUAAUAAACUUGAUUUUGAUCUCAUCUUCUCUCUGCAUUGUCUACUUCUUCCUUUCUCUCGUCUUCCUCCAUGGCUCCAACUCCAAGUUUGAAGAUUCAUCGUCGCCGGAGGCCGUGCUGCCUUCAACUUCCAUCGAGCAUGUCGUCUUCGGCAUAGCUUCCAACCGGAAUUCUUGGCAUAAGAGGAAGGACUAUGUCAAGCUCUGGUGGAGGCCGGACCAAAUGCGGGGCUGCGUGUUCCUGGAAGGCAUGGCUCCAUCCGAUAACGACACCGGACUGCUCCCCCCGGUGUGCGUGUCCGAGGACACGAGCCGGUUCCGGUACACGUAUCGGGGCGGCCUCCGGUCGGCGAUCCGGGUGGCUCGGGUGGUGGCGGAGACGGUGGCGCUCAACCACUCGAACGUCCGGUGGUUCGUUUUCGGCGACGACGACACAUUCUUCUUCCCGGAGAACUUGGUGAAGACACUGUCCAAGUAUGAUCAUGAGCUUUGGCACUACGUCGGGACCAAUUCGGAGAUCAUCAUGCAGAACAAGUUCUUCUCUUACGACAUGGCGUUUGGAGGGGCUGGCUUUGCUCUAAGCUACCCGCUGGCCAAGGUUCUGGCCAAGGUCUUUGAUUCGUGCUUGGACAGAUACCCACAUCUCUAUGGAAGUGAUGGCAGAGUCCAUGCCUGCAUUUCAGAGCUUGGCAUUGGAUUAAAACACGAGCCUGGUUUCCAUCAGAUGGACGUUCGAGGAAACAUCUUUGGCUUGCUGGCGGCUCAUCCGAACGCUCCACUGGUCUCUCUGCACCACUUAGAUCACACCCAUCCAAUCUUCCCCAAGAAGACAACCGCCGAAGCUUUGGAGCACCUUCAAGAAGCUUCAAUGGCGGAUCCUCACAGGCUCUUACAGCAAACAGUCUGCUACGACCAGUGGUUCUCGUGGACGGUCUCCGUCUCGUGGGGCUACGCAGUCCAAGUCUACGACCGUCACAUGUUCCUGCCGGACAUUCUCCGCGCCGAGCAGACGUUCAGCUCGUGGAAGCGCGGCCAGGUCCUGGCUCAAUCGUUCGCGUUCGACAUCAGGGAGCCUCACCCGGACCCUUGCCGAAGGGCCACGGUCUUCUUCUUCGAGAAGGCGGAUUCCGGCCGAGAUGGAAUACGGAGUAGUUACAGAAGGAUGGUUUCCGACAACUGCACAUUCGACAUGACUUCGCCCAAGAGGCUUGAGGAAAUCCGAGUGUUCUCGCAUAGGCUGCAUCUCGAUAUCAAACAGUUGCAGGCACCGAGGCGGCAUUGUUGCAACGUGCUGCCAUCUUCAGCAGGGAAAGUGAUGGAAAUUAGCAUCAGAGAGUGCGCAGAAGAGGAGCUCAUUCACAUGCAUCCAUAGCCACCCACCUCCAUCUCCAUCUCCAUCUUCAUCUGCUUCACAAUUAGGUAGGAAGGAGAGAAUGACACGCAUUUGUGAUCGUGAAGCCAUAUUUGAUAUUUGCGUAGAGAUCAUGAUGAGGAGGAUAGGAAGGAUUCUCAUCCUCGUACCAAACUAUACCAACCAAAUUAAACCAACCCAACCCCUUUGUAGAGCGUUAAUGUAGAUUGACAGAUGCAACAAAUAUAGAUGUAAUCCAUUUAAUUGAAAUUCACUAUAUGAGUAAUCUUAGUUAUAAAACGGAUGGGAGCUUCUCUUUGGCUUCA